AUCGCCCGCCGACUUCUGUGGCUUGGAUGUGGAGAGAGGAUGUUCAUGUGUGCGCUUGAGACGCACAGAAGCCGCGCUCCGAAGCCGGGAGACCCGAGCAUGUUGUCGGCCUCCAGAGGACUGAACGCCGGCGUCGGAGCCGCACUUUGUUGCUUGCUUCUCUGGAUUAUCAUCUCGCACUUAGUCAAAGAAGGUCAGCUGUCUGUGGGUGCAUGUGAAAUAGUUACCUUGGACAGAGAUAGUAGUCAACCACGAAGAACGAUAGCCAGACAAACAGCACGAUGUGCGUGUAGGAGAGGACAGAUUGCUGGUACAACAAGAGGCAAGCCAGCCUGUGUGGAUGUUCGAGUUGUAAAGAGCAAGCAGUGGUGUGAUAUGAUCCCAUGCACGGAAGGAGAAGUCUGUGGUUUAUUAAUGAACAAGUCAGGGUGGACCUGUGCACAACCAGGAGGUCGAAUAAAAACAGUAACGGUUUCCUGACACAUGCAUGGGGCGAGAGAGGACCCUUACCAAGGCAGCUUAUCCUGUGUGUGCCACUGACCUCAACAAAAUGAUUUAGCUGCUGUGAGUCUCCAUCCGUCGUCUGUCACUCGUUACUCCAAAGCUGCACUGUGGGAUCCAUGUCUUCUCCAGCGAGGGGCUGAGCCACCAUAUCCAGCUGUUGGGUACACAAGCCCGGGAGAUCCAGACGACCAGUCCACAAAGGAACCCGUGACAUCUCCUCUCUUCAUGAACCUGUUGCCGUCGAAUGACUUCUCCUUUCUGAUGAAAAUUGCCUCGAAGACAGUCCGGGUAUUUUCACUCACCCUUCCAUUCGUAAACACGGAACUUUUUACAAGUCGAGAAGAGAAGGGAGGGACAAAUAAAAAGGACAAUAGAUCAUCACGAUGGGGAUCCAUCUGCCUUUCUUUCCAAGGCUUCAAACUAAAGACCAAAGAUCUGUGCAGCAGACGGAGUUAUUCAACAGCCUUUACAUAACUUAGAAGUGCUUUCAGUUUUCUGUAAAAGAUCCUGCAGCAGUUCAAGAGGAGCUUUUCAACUUAAGGUUAACAAAUUGCCUGAGACAAUUUUCUUGCUGGAAAAGUUGAAUCCGGGAUUUUCUAUGGCUGAAUUAUCCCGAAAGAACUAAAUAGCACAUGAAUAUAGACAACGAGGGCAGAAUUACAUUGGCAUACGAAGACCUCUAAACCUUCUGAGGCAAAUGCUCAUGCAGUUUUAUUUUGUAACAUCCUGCAGUAUUCUUGUUUUUGUGCUGUACUAAGUCACGUCACACGAUUGCAGAGCACCAGGCAAGCUCUCGACGCGGAUUCAGGCCUGUGAUCCAUCGUGGAAUUCAGAUAAUCCGAGCCUAUUUCAAAAACAGCAUUUAUUUUUUCUCCCCUUCCCCCCCCAACCCCCACUCCAUUCCUUCCAAUGUGGCAUUCAGAACAAGUUUAUCAUGCGGUGUGUUUAGAGAAGAAGAAUAAUCCUGAUUUGUAAGGCCUUUGACAGAUUUUGUAUGUUGUACCUUUGUAGGGAGCCUAUUUACUUGUGUCUGUGCUCAUCAUAUCAGGCCUUCAAUACCACGAUGGGAGAGCGGUGAUGUGAAUAUAGUCCAUCUCAUGCUGCCAAAUAAAGCUGUUACUUUACUGAACAAUCACCUACCAGAUAAAUUAUUGUCUCUUUGUCCAAUCAAAGCGCCAACUAGUAAAGUCUUGCCAUGAAAAUGAACUUCCUUGCUUGUUCGAGUGAAAAAUAAAAGUGUCAGUAUUAACAAGAUAAGAAAGAUUUUCCACCCCCUGCCCAUAAGUGCGCAAUCUCAUGA